CACGACAUGACGUCAUGUCCUCUGAAUGAAAACAAUAUGGAUGCGCUUUGAUGUAAACACCUAAAAAAGUCCGGAAUCUUGUUGAAGGUGUCGAGCAACCUAAACAUUAUGAAUAUGUGACCAUGGAUAUACGCUAAAUAUGAAUCUUUCCAAAGGGAAGCGCAAUUCUCCCGCCGGAUCCCCUAAAUCGAAAUGGGGAACCGCUAUUUCAGGGGUGCGCCGCGUGUCAGAUGGUCGACAGAGCGUGUUCAAAACUGUUCUUGUGGAGAUCGACCCGUUCAUGGAGCGCUUCACAAUGGCCGGUCGCAUGCCUGGGGAUGACGAAAAGGACCCACUGGCAUGUGCCAUCAUCUUCACUAAAAGGUUUUGGGCGGAGUUGGUGAUAGACCCCUCCUCCAGCUUCUACUACUACUGGUCCAUGUUCCUGACAGUGGCUGUAUACUACAACCUCAUCGUCAUCAUUCUGCGGGCGGUCUUCACCGAACUGAGGGAGAGCGCAUACAUGCCAUUUUGGUUUGCAUUCGACUACUUCUUUGACCUCACCUACAUCCUGGACAGUGUCGUCAAGAGCAGAUUAGGUUUCCUGGAACAAGGUAUUCUCGUGACAGACGUGAAGAGACUGUCGCGGUGCUAUGUUAAAUCUUGGAAGCUUAUCGUGGACCUGUUGGCGGUAGCACCCCUCGAUUUCUUUUACUUUCUGGUUGGAUUCAAUCCGCUUUUCAGACUGAAUCGUAUUCUAAAGUUUUGGCGCGUUAAUGAAUUCUACUCUGACUCAGAAACGCGGACAAGUUCCCCAAUUGGGUUCCGCCUUUUCUUUCUUAUUGUUAAUAUAAUGUGCGUUAUACACUGGAAUGCAUGUAUAUAUUUCGCUAUAAGCAAGGCGCUUGGAUUCAGCUCAGAUGAAUGGGUGUAUGACGACUCGACAGAGUAUAAAAAACAAUUGACUAUAAAGUAUUUGUACAGCUUUUACUGGUCAAUGUUAACGCUGACUGCAAUAGGCGACACCCCUGCUCCCGAAAAAAUAGAAUCAGUAUUGUAUUGUAUUUGUGACACUCUUAUCGGUGUCUUGAUCUUUGCUACAAUCUUCGGUAACAUUGGUUCCAUGAUCAACCAGAUGAAUGCUUCAAGAACGGAGUUUCAGCAUGAUGUUGAUGCCGUCAAAAGGUACAUGGAAAUCCGUAAAGUUGGGUCUGAUAUUCAGGAUCGAGUUAUACAGUGGUUUGCUUACACGUGGAACAAUAAGCAAUCUAUCGAUGACAGACAGGCUCUGGCAAUCCUGCCGGAAAAGUUGAGGGCAGAAAUAGCAAUUCAUGUACAUCUUCAUACCCUGAAACGAGUUGCAAUCUUUCAGGACUGUGAGCCAGGCCUUCUAGUCGAGCUGGUCCUCAAGCUCAGGCUGCAAGUGUUUAGUCCAGGAGACUACAUAUGUAAGAAGGGUGAUAUAGGCAAAGAAAUGUACAUCAUCAAGAGGGGCAAACUGGAAGUUGUUUCUGAAGAUGGUAAGAAGGUGUUUGUAACUCUGUCUGAUGGAGCAGUAUUUGGGGAGGUGAGUAUUCUUAAUAUCUCAGGUAACAAAACUGGGAAUCGUAGGACCGCCAGUGUGAGAAGUGUUGGCUAUUCAGAUCUGUUCUGUCUGUCCAAGGAUGACUUAUGGGACGCACUUAAGGAGUAUCCAGAGGCCAAAAAGAUAUUGAUGGAAAGAGGUCAGCAGAUUUUGAGGAAGGACAACCUACUUGACGAGGAUGCUGCGCGGAGAGAGGAAUUGCAGUCAAUGUCCUUGGACAAUCGUAUAUCAAUGAUCACUGUGGAGAUUGAUAAGAUAGGCAAGGACAUCGGAAUCCUAACAGGGCGGUUGUCCGAGCUGCAGAAGACGUUAACCUCUGAACGCGGAGGGUCAGUUCAUACCGAAUUUGAUUCCUCAGUCAGUGACACCUUGGUGGAAGUCAACCCAGUGAAGACCGAAAUCGGAGAAGAGGAAGAAACGAUUAUUUCAAGAAAGUCGACGCCUCAGAGCAGACGUAAUUCCAAUGAUCUGUCGGUAAAAGGAUCACAGGCAACUAUCGAGGAAGAAGAGAAGGUAAAUAUACCCGGAACGCCAGAUAAAUCCAAGGACGAAGCAGAUUAGCUCUAGGUACGUCUAUACGCCACCUCUAGGUACGUCUAUACCCACGGGUAUGCUGGGUAGUGACGAUGUGUAUAUGAGACGUAACGUGCAUUCGGCCUUCUGCAUGUACAUGUGCUUGGAAAGGAAUUAAAAUAUUAUGUCCAUAAUGCUACAUGUGAUCACGAUAGUAAACUUCCAAGAUUUGAUAUCCUACAAUUGUGAAGUCUAUUGCAGACAGAAAUUAAUAAAACAAAUGCAUCUCAAGCUUCCAAUAAAUACAGUGGAAUCCAUAUAAGCUGGACUCGUGUGGGUGUGGAGUCUGGUUUAGAGAGCUUUCCUUUGGAUUGUUGUGCGAAUAGCGCCAGGUCGCUGAACAAGGUGUGGGAGUCCUGGUUUACUACUUGUUCACUCACAUUUCGCUUACGGCUCUGUGUAUUUGUAAGAAUGGGCGUAAAUUGUUACUAUUUUCACAAAACAAAUAUAUACAGGUUGCAGUUAUUCACCACUACUUUUUUCAAGUAGUAGAUACCUAUAUUGAUUAUAUAUAAAACUGUCGCAAUAAUCAGUUGUAUUUGAUUCCUCUCGUCAAAGAGUAGUUUUCGUCUUCAGCCUACAUUUUCCCAAGAAAUAAAUUCUGUUUUUCUUUUCAAAUCCAAUGGUUGGUCCAGUGUGUGCCACUUUUUUCGCAUGAAUGGAACCAGAUUAAGUGUACAGCUUUUUUCCGUGUUUGUUGAAACGCUCUUUGGUACUGCAUUGAUGUGACUGUAUAUUGAGGAUUCACUGCUUGUAUGACGUCAGGUGUACGUAACAUUUAUGAUGUGUAGACACCUUCCUCUAUAUUUAGGUAUGUGUAUGUUAUGAUGCCGUUUGUACAUGAGUAAAACGGGUGUAUAUGUUCAA